AGAAAAUUCGGGCUGCAAAAGAGGCCCGCAUGGCCUAUAUUAAAAAUUCUCCAAACUGAAGGCCGGCUAAGAAUGUCUAAAAGCACCUCUCCUUCUGUUGUGCUCACAGCCACAGCAGCUGUUACCAAAAAUACCACUGUCACUGCCUCGGGAGGUGGUAGAUCAUUAAGCACAAGAAACCUCACAGGGUCAGGCCCUCCUCCAGUCAAGAGAGCAAGGUCUUCUUCACUGAUUCAACAGACUAAGCAGCCUGGGCUUGGGAAAUGGGCUAUAGGCUUCAUUGGAGCUGGCAAUAUGGCCAGGGCUAUUACAGAGGGACUGAUCGGAUCAGCACAAGUAUCACCGUCUCAAAUUACUGCAUCAGCCACUAGUGCAAACUCCGAGAACCUCAAGAAAAUGAAGGCACUUGGAGUGAAUGCCACCACCUCCAACAACCUGGUGAUGACAUCAUCUGACAUCAUUAUAAUCGCCGUAAAACCACAUCAUGUGUUGAGCGUGUUAUCGGACCUGCACGAUUGCUACGUCUCAGCACAGUCUUCGGGCAAUCCUCCCAAGAACCUGAGACCCUUGAUUGUGUCCGUAGCAGCAGCCAUUACUAUCACUGACAUAGAAAGCAAGACCUCAGUGUCGUGGCAAAUCACUGGCUACCCAGUCAAAGGUCAUCUUCCAGUCAUUCGCUGUCUUCCCACUCUCGGUACAGCCAUCAACGCUGGCAUCACGGCAUACACCAAGGGCCGAUAUUGUAACGAGGAUGAUGUGGAACCAUUUCUCUUUGUCUUUGGGCUGGUCUCCCAUUGUGAGGAGGUGGAGGAGAAGCACAUGAAUGCAUUCGCAGCUUUCGGCAGUGGAAUCGCUUUUAUGGCUGUGGCUCUGGAGGCUCUGGCUGAUGGAGGAGUGAUGGCUGGUAUUCCACGGGCCUUGUCCCAGAGAGUGGCAGCCCAUACAAUGCUGAGUACUGCUCAACUUGUUAUAAAGAAAAAACUUCAUCCUGCGGAGGUGAAGGAUGCUGUAGCAUCUCCAGCUGGUACUACCAUCAGUGGUUUGCAAUGUCUGGAGAGCAGUGGUUUCAGAGGAGCAAUCAUGACAGCAAUCAAGACUGCAGCUAACCGAGCUGACGAAAUGAACCCUUCCUUAUCAAAGACUUAAAAAUAUAAUUAUUCCCAAUAAUAUUUUCACUUUUACUUUUCAAUAUUAAAAAUCUUGUGAUUUGUCUUUUAUAAAAUAAAAACAACAAUAACAAAUGUGCUAUAUAUAUAUAGUACUGCCAUGA